CGAGCAGGGGAGCAUCGCGACCGGAGGUCUUCAGAGGCAGAAACAAAAUUUUCAAACCGGAGAGAAGCAAAGCAACACUUUUAAACCAUCCAUCUCUGGGUGCUGAGAACAAGCAUCUCUGGGCUACUCAGGCGCCCAACCGGAUCGGAUUGUUCUGGGCUCACUAAAAAGUUUGGAAAAGGGUUAAGUCCUCUUUGUAGAACCCUCUGGGGUUGGGGGAUAGAGGAAGUUGCGGUGGGUCUGCGGAGUGGGAGGGAAGGCGCUUAUUUUGGAAAAUCCUAUAGACAAAGACUGCGGGAGAUGAGGUAAGGGCUUAAACUUGCCCUGCGAGCGAGCGAGUGUGGAAUUAGGUGGGGGGAAACGCGGAGCUACUGGGCGCCGAGCAGCCUCUGCUGUCCCGGUAAUUGCUGUAGUCUGGAGAAUUCCACUUUUAUCGCAUCUGCUACCCUGAAUGUUACCCUGAAACAUUUAAACAACUUACGGGUAGACUUCUGCUCACACGUGCCGUGUUUCAUCCCCUCCACACUUUGUAGUUCUCUGAGACGAGGCAACGUACUGAGGGAGGGCAGUAAAUAAAACUGGCUUAGCAAGGAACCUCCAGACUUCUGUUUGUAUGAGUUUCUGGAGAGUAAUUUUGCAUUCGGAAUUUGAAAUGCAGUGGCGUGUAUUUUUAGCGUUUGUAAUUUAAUUUCUCUUUUUUGUAUGCGUGUUUGGGCUAUAUCCACAGUAACUAAAAAAUACUUUUGCAAUCAAUGGGUGUACGAAACUUCUGGGAUUUAUUGCAAUAGCUUAUGAAUGAUUUUUACUGAGUACUUUUAUAGUUUCUUGCACUGACUUGCGCGGAAAAAAAAAAAAAGAAGAAGAAGAAGAAUGAAAAGGCAGUUGCUUCACGGAGGCGCUAAAGCUUUCCUGUUUACCGCAAGGCCAGGGCGGGCUUGGCUGCCCACACUGUGCUGCGCCUUCGGACCCUAAGCACACCUGCUCCUAGAGAUUAUUAAUAGAGCCUAAAAAGUGACUUACGCUGUCAAAUGAUUUUCGCGCAAAUCUAACUUCUUGCAUGGCAAUUAGGAGGUGGUUUUAGCUGGGUAGUGCCGGAGCACAGAGGUGUGCGUCUCACAUUGGUGGUUUGGUCUCUUCGAAGGUGUGACUAGGAGCUAGUGGUGAGCCCGCCGCGAAGCUGGUGAAGGCUUUAGUUUUUCAACUGGAGCUGGAAAUCUGGUGGAGGUGGCGACAGCGUUGGGAGCGGCGGAGGGGGGUGUGUGUGUGUGUGUUGAGGACGUAGGAGUGGAAUUAAAUGGGGCUCACACCUCCAGUUUUCCCAUUUCCAUUUGGGUGUAUGUAACCAUAGGGGACGUUUUCGUCUUGUCAUCGAGUCGGAGUUUUCAUCUUGGGCUGUGGUUUCCAGCUAAAGAAAACCUUCACAAAAAAAGCCUGGAUCUCUCUCCUUGAACCACUCCGGCUGCCUGUGAAGGCUCGCUCCGCUUCGCCCUCUAGCGUUCAUCUGCAGAAGCGCCGCCCCGGGUGUCCGGACCGUGCGCAUCAUGGGGUCCACCCGCAUCCCGCUGGUCAAGGCCCUCCACAGCCCUGUCUCCGACUAUGUCAACUACGACAUCAUUGUCCGGCAUUACAACUACACGGGAAAGCUGAAGAUCAGCGCGGACAAGGACAAUGGCAUUAAACUGAUCUCAGUGGUGUUCAUUCUUAUCUGCUGCUUUAUCAUCCUAGAGAACAUCUUUGUUUUGCUGACCAUCUGGAAAACCAAGAAGUUCCACCGACCCAUGUACUAUUUUAUCGGCAACCUGGCCCUCUCAGACCUGUUGGCGGGAGUGGCCUACACAGCCAACCUGCUCUUGUCUGGGGCCACCACCUACAAGCUAACCCCCGCCCAGUGGUUUCUGCGGGAAGGGAGUAUGUUUGUGGCCCUCUCGGCCUCCGUGUUCAGCCUCCUGGCCAUCGCCAUCGAGCGCUACAUCACUAUGCUGAAGAUGAAGCUCCACAAUGGGAGCAACCGGUUCCGCUCCUUCCUGCUCAUCAGUGCCUGCUGGGUCAUCUCGCUCGUCCUGGGGGGCCUGCCUAUCAUGGGCUGGAACUGCAUCAGCACGCUGCCCAGCUGCUCCACCGUGCUGCCGCUCUACCACAAGCACUAUAUCCUCUUCUGCACCACGGUCUUCACUCUGCUUCUGCUCGCCAUUGUCGUCCUGUACUGCAGGAUCUACUCCCUGGUCAGGACUCGCAGCCGCCGUCUCACCUUCCGCAAGAACAUUUCCAAGGCCAGCCGCAGCUCGGAGAAGUCGCUGGCACUGCUCAAGACUGUGAUUAUUGUCCUGGGCGUCUUCAUCGCCUGCUGGGCGCCACUCUUCAUCCUGCUCCUGCUCGACGUGGGCUGCAAGGUGAAGACCUGUGACAUCCUGUUCAGAACGGAAUACUUCCUGGUGUUGGCUGUGCUCAACUCCGGCACCAACCCCAUCAUUUACACUUUGUCCAACAAGGAGAUGCGUCGGGCCUUCGUCCGGAUCAUGUCCUGCUGCAAGUGCCCCAGCAGAGACUCCGCGGGUAAAUUCACACGGCCCAUCAUCGCGGGCAUGGAAUUCAGCCGCAGUAAGUCAGACAACUCCUCCCACCCCCAGAAGGACGAUGGGGACAACCCAGAGACCAUUAUGUCUUCUGGAAACGUCAACUCUUCUUCCUAAAAGGGGAAACUGCUGACCCAUGGGGAGCGUUCUUGCGUGGUCACCCACCACCCCAGUGUUUGGGGAGAAAAAAUAAAAACCAGCCAAGCCUCUGUGCCUCCACUGCUGCCGGGGAGGAGCUGUCGGAAGCCAGAGGGAAGGUGAAGGAGCACAGAACAGCCUGGUAGUGCCUGGUGUUGGUGGGUAGACUUAGUUCCUGUGAACAAUGCACUGGGAAGGGUGGAGAUCAGGUCCUCGCCUGGAAUCUAUUUCCUCCCCUUGCCGGAGCUUUGAUUUUGCACUGAGCCAAAGGUCUAGCAUUGUCAAGCUCCUGAAGCGUUCGUUUGGCCCCUCCUCAAAGACUAAUGUCCCCGUGUGAAAGCGUCUCUGACGGGAGCUUUGAGGAGAUGUUUUCUUUCACUUUAGUCUCCAACGCAAGUGAGUGUGUGCACUUCUGCUUCGCUGGGUAUGCUCUACAUACCUACUAUGCUGGGCACCCUCCCUUCCCCUUCACACCCUCCUCAGAAUACCUUUACUUUAUGUUUUGACUACCUGGCAUUCAGAGCUGGGGGUGUGGCACGGUCCAAUCUCGAGCAUGUGUAGCAGGUAGGCUGCAUCCAGCAGGCAGACUGUGGUGGUUUGGAGCUGGAAAGCAAUUUUAUUUGCUGAGGCCAAAGUUUCCAUGUAAGCUGGAUGAGUGUUUUUGAAUUUAAUUGCAGUCACUUUAAAAAAAAAAAAAAAAAACCUUUGCAAUGAAAUGUGUUGCAGUAUCAUAUCCAUCGAGGCUGAAAUCUGCAUAAGGAAGUCCCAUUUAUUUAAAUGACAUCAGCCAGUAUCCUUAGUGUCAUAGGAGAAACAAACAAGCAAAAGAAGGUGAAAACUGACUCGGGGUUGGGGGGUGACUUUGUAAACCAAGAGAGUUUUUUUUUAACGAGUUUAUCUAACAAUACAACAUCUAUCAUUGGCACUUUUGUUGAUGUUUCUUUCAGAGUGUUGUAGGAACCAUUUCAAGCAACAGGAUGGCUGUGUUUUGUUGUGUUAAAAGUACUUUGUGUAAUCUUUGAAUGUAUUUGUUUCAGUAUUUUAUUGGAUUUUCCUAACCUGUGUUAACACCAUUGAAUGUGCAUUUCUUGAGAAAAUACCACCCUUUUGUGACCUUAAAGCAUUACUUUAACUGGUAGGGAACAUGACAAGUUUUUCAGUACAUUAAAUAGUUAAUUGAAGAUGUAUAUAAAUGUUACAAAGAAUAAAAAUAUAUUGGUGUCUGUGUAGUAUGGUUUCCAGUGCAAUUAAAUCAAGAAAUGUCUUUAAAAAAAUAGUAUUUAAUAGGUUUCUGACAAUGUGGAUCAUUUUGCACAUAGCUUUAUCAACUUUUAAACAUUAAUAAACUGAUUUUUUAAAGAUU